AUGGUUAUCGUUACAACAACAGGAUACUACCUUACAGUCGUUGGUCCUUAUCUUUCGGAUGGGAAGAAUCGUGAUGCUAAAAUCCUCAACCAUAUACUAAAUGGGAAUAUGGAGGACAUAAAAUCAUACAUACGCCCGGAUGACAUAUUUGUUGUCGACAGAGGCUUCAGAGAUUCCCUUCAACUCUUAGAGGACUUAGGAAUACAGACAGAGAUGCCUUCAUUUUUACGGAAAGGUCAAUCACAGUUUGAUACGGAGAUCAGGUGGGUAGUUGAGUCAGCAAAUGCUCGAAUUAAGCGAUUGAAGUAUUUUGAUCGAGUGUUGCCGAACAGUCAGGAAUACAGUGCACUUAUUCGUGUACGCCUGCAAAGUCGCCACAUCUCUGCAGAGCAGUACACACUCUGGAUUAAGUUUAAUCCGUCUGAAGUGAUUGGAUGGUAUUGUGAAUGUCGGUCUGGGGCAAGAGUUGUAGGCAUGUCUGCACACUGUGCUGCUGUAAUAUGGUUUCUUAGUUAUGCUAAACAGCGUUAUGUGAAUGGGAUUGGAGUCCGAGAUUGGUGCGAGUACCUUGAUGACGCCAGUGUUAUUCCGCCUACCAUAGACAGCUCAGAUUCGGAGAGUGAUUAA